GUUUACUUCACGGCCGCGUCGCAUCGAACGCCCCGGCGCCAGUUUGUCUUCUAAUCGCCAAAGCGCACAAAAUGCAGAAGUCUCUGGCUCAGCGUGCGGGUCGCCAGACGUUCGGGGCGGCUCGCUGCCCGCCGGCGGCCCUGCGCAGUCGCCCCGCCGCCGUCAGCCGCGGCGCCUGCCAGCCUGUGCGCGCGUCGCUGACCGUGAAAGACGCACAGUCGGGUGUGGAGUACCUACUGGCGCAGAAGUUCUGGCAGGGGGAGGCCUACCGCUGCCUUGGCGCCGCCACCCGCAGCAAGAACAUCCUGUUUGUGAACGUCAAGGUGUACUCCAUCACCGCCUACGUGGAGGCUGAUCGCGCCGCCAAGGAGCUGGGUGUGCGGCAGCGCGGCGGCUUCUUUGAGUCCGACAACGACUACGCCUCCGCGCUGGUGGACGGAGCCUUCAACAAGGUCAUCCAGCUGCACCUGGUUCGCGACGUGACGGGCGAGCAGUUCACCGAGGCCAUCAACAAAUCGCUGCUGCCGCGCAUGCAGCUGGCAGGCGACACAGCGUCUCUGGACAAGUUCAAUGACUACUUCAACUCCAAGAACCUGGUGAACAACACCGAGGUGAUCCUGAUGUGGAGCGUUGCCGGCGACCUGGAGGUGCUGGUCACGCCGCCUGUGACCGCGCCGCAGGAGUACGGCACCGCCACGCCCGAGCUGCGCAUCAGCAGCGCCGCGCUGGGCCGUGGGCUGUUCGAGAUCUUCCUGGGCGACAGCCCGGUGGUGCCUGAGGCCAAGACCGAGUGGAUCAAGGGCGCCAAGCAGCUGCUGGACUCGGAGAACGUCAAGCGCUCCACCCGAAAGGCGUAAGCGCACAGGAAAUCCCUGCGGAGGACGGAGCUCGGCGCUAGGGGGGCGCACGGGGUGCAAGUGGUACGGGCGUUGUCGAAGGACAUCCGUGGUGGCGUCCAGGGUGUCAAGGUUGCAGCGAUGGGAUGCCAGGCGAGCAUUGCCACUUUUUGGCACAUGCAGGCAUGCAAGCGUGGAGGGGCGGGCAUUGUGUGACGGGGGCGAGCGCCCAGCCCCAGAUCCAGGGUCCUGGCUGUGAUACGGGUAAUGUGGAGCGCGUUAUGAUGUUGGGUGCGCAAAAUCAAACGUGGGUGGAGCUGAGGGAAUGGUGUUGCCCAUGUCGGACCGCAGUGAGCUGUUCGGGAGCUCUAGUUCGCUGCCGCCAGUCAAGCCACUUUGGGAUUCGUUGGCUGUGUACUAUGCGUGAAGUUACACUUCCGUGUUUGGCUACGGAAGCUCAGGUAAUGCUGUCGAUGCGCUAGGAAUGGUGGGGUGGUGGUCGGGUGGUGGUGGGUGGGUGGGUGGCGCCGAGGCCCGAGGGGUGGCGGCCGUGAUACCGGUAUCUGACGGCCAAGCAAGACACGCCCGGCCCCUCUCUUUCUCCCGCUCUCCACACACAGACGACACAACUGGGUGGGGGCAUGUGGGGGCCUAAGACAAGUCGUGAGACAAGUAGCGCCGAAGGUGCAGAUGGAGUCAUGGAGACGUGAAAUGUAUGCCACGCAUCUCACGCCCUGGCAGCAGCAUAUGCAAGUUGACACUGUAACACUACUAGCGA